CGAGUUGCGAGGAGAAUAGGGUGGGAGAAUCGCAAGUUUGCAACUGUAAAAGAGGUCUUUCAGGCUAAUAUUGACCAAACAAGUCUUGCUUUUGAUUGCUUCAAAAAAAAAAAAAGUCUUGCUUUUGAUAUAUACCUUCAUCUCUCCGCCGCGCCUUCGCCGCCGUCAACUAACCCUAGUUUCUACACCAGCAUUUGCAGAUCUGCACGCUCUCCAAACUCAACGGCCCCAUUUUUUUAUUCCCUCCGAUUCCAAACCCUAAAUCCAGAGCUUUUUUCCACCAAUGCGAGAACUCACCGAUUGAAAAUAGAAACAUCCGAUUAUAUAAUCGAUAAGCAUGGAGUUUUGGCAUCAGCGGACAAUGAUCUCGAAGGCCCUAUCGACGGCGUUAUUCCACAGUCAGCCGCGCUCGGAAUCCCCCAAUCCUUCCCCUUCAUCAACUCAGUGGUUCGUAAAAGUGGUCUUCACACUCUGCGCUCGUCACCCCCAGUCGCUUGCUAUUCUUAAUUCUGAUUAUUUUCGAAAUAAUUUGGAUCCUUUCGUUGCAUAUGGUGUGAUUUAUCUAUUGAACAGUAAAUUGGAUGAGCCUAAUUUGGCCUGUAGUUUCUUUAGCUACUCACGGCUGAAUUUGAAUGUUAUGCACACCGAAUCAACUUUCGAUUUGCUGCUGAGGUCACUGUGUCGAGCAAACCUUGUAGAUUUUGCUAAAACAGUCUAUGAUUACAUGAGAGCUGACCGGAUUGUCCCGGACAAAUCUCUGUUAGAUUACCUAGUUACAUCGUUUUCGCAUGCUGGGAAGUUUGGGGUUGCUGAAGACAUUUUAAUUGCGAGAGCUGAGCUGUGUAAUCACAGAGAUGAAACAGUUAAUCCCUUUGUGUAUAACAAAUUUUUGAGCUUAUUAAUCAGCAGAAAUCAGGUGGACAAGGCAGUUUUAUUCUUUACAAGUCGUAUGUUGAAGUUACGAGGCUUCCGCCCUGAUAAUUUUACGCUUAACAUAGUAAUGCGGGGUAUGUGUUUGACAGGUAAGGUCGAUAAGGCUUUCGAGCUAUUCGAUGUCAUGAGGAGUCUUGGUUGCCAUCCUGAUCUUGUUACCUAUAAUACUCUUAUUAAUGGGUUGUGUAGAGUUGGCAAUGCAGAUAGAGCACAGGAAUUGCUGAGAGAAAUCCAAUGUCGGUGUGAGUUCUCUCCGGAUGUUGUGAGUUACACCUCUGUCAUUUCUGGAUAUUGCAAAUCAGGUAAGAUGGAGGAUGCUGCUACACUUUUUCAUGAGAUGAUUGAUCGUGGGAUUAGACCGAACUUGUUUAGUUUCAAUGUUGUUAUUGAUGGUUUUGGAAAAAAGGGUGACAUAGCUUCAGCAUUGAAGAUUUAUGAACGGAUGGUCAGCAGUCAUGUCCGUCCUGAUGUUGUGACCCUCACCUCUCUCAUUGAGGGUCAUUCUCGGGUUGGAGACAUGGACCAAUGCAUGAAGCUUUUGGAUGAAAUGAAUAAGAGGAAUGUGUCUCCUAAUGCAUAUGCAUUUUCCAUCAUUAUUAAUGGCCUGUGCAAGGGGAAUAGAUUGAAUGAAGCUUGUAGUUUGUUAAGGCAGCUGAAUGGGAGGAAAGAUAUUGUACCCCAACCAUUUAUUUACAACCCUGUGAUUGAUGUGCUUUGCAAAGCCGGAAAAAUAGACGAGGCAAAUGCAAUUGUCUUGGAAAUGGAGGCGAAGGGGUGCACCCAUGAUAAAAUGACCUAUACCAUACUGAUUCUGGGGCAUUGUAUGAAAGGGAGGCCGUCUGAAGCUAUAAAACUUUAUAAGAAGAUGUUGUCAACGGGUUGUGCACCAGAUAGUAUCACUAUAAAUUCUUUGGUGAGUUGCCUUAGAAAAGCUGGGAUGAGACAUGAAGCCAAUGAGAUAGAGAAAAAUGCAUUAAACAAUGUGCAGACGUGUUCAUUGUCAUCUGAGAGAACUACAGAGUUUAGAAUCAACUUCAAAAUUCCCGCGGCUGCUUAAUUUAAAGUUUUCUUGGCUGGUACUUUGUCUUGGCAUAGCACUCACAUGAGGAUCCUCCGCAAAUCCCUUUCUCUGCUGAUGGACCAGAAAAGUAGUUUGUUGACGUGCUGCGAAGAGAAAGAGUCCCAUUAUCAGACUGGCUAGGGUUUGGUGUACUAGAUCCUCGAGAAAUUACUCUAGAUGAAUCGGGGAAUUCAAGGAGGCGAAGUGAAUGACGCCAUUGAGCCUGCCAAGAGCAACCAAGUUAGGACCAUCUCUCAAUUGCUACAACAAGAUUGAGCAUCUCCCUCGUAAACGGGCAGACUUUUGGGGGUAGAAAUUUUGAGGCUCUUGCAAAUACAUAGGCCGUGUAAAUGUCUAUGUUAUUUUUUUUCAACAUGACAGUUUAAUUGUAGGCGUCUCUUGAUUUGCGUUUGGCUUGCAGUUGUAUGUGCCACCACUUUCUUCGUUUUCUCCUCAACCGGAUUUCUCAACCGCGGAGCUUAGCUACGCUUUUUGUUGAUAAA